AUGGACGCCUCUACCAAACCCACCAUCACGUUCUACGACAUCAUCCUCGAUCCGGCAGCCUACCCAAUGUCGCCGAAUCCGUGGAAGACGCGUUACGCGCUCAACUUUGCCAAGGUCCCUUACCGCACAACCUGGGUACCCCUCAACGCCGUCGCCGAGACGCGCAACUCGCUCGGGCUCCCCGCCAAUCGCAAGCACGGGGACGGCAGCGACUUCCCCACCUUACCCAUCAUCCGCGACCCGCUCGCCUCCUCGGAGGACAAAGGGGUCCUGGUGGGCGACUCGUUCGACAUCGCGCUGCACCUGCAGACAACCUACCUCUCCGGCAAGAAGCACCAACUCUUCCCCGCGGGAGGGAACGGCACGGUGGCGCUGCACCGCGUCUUCAACGCGUUCGUGGACCAGGUCUUUGGCCAGUACGGCGCUCCGCUCGGGGGGUUCUACAUGCCCCUGGACCCGCGCACCGCCGAGGCCGAUAGGAAGGCGUUCCUGGACCGCUUCCCGGGGAAGACGUGGGCGGACCUCGAGGUGCGGCCCGGGUCGGAGAUGAGGAAGACGAUGUUGGAGGAUUUCGAGACGAAUCUGGACGCCAAGCUCGGGCCCUGCUUCCCUGCCGGAGGCGGCCCCUUCCUGGACGGGCGCGAGAGCCCCGUGUACGCGGACUUUGUCGUCGGCGGCUGGCUGCAGUUCAUGAGGGGCUGUUUGCCUGAGUGGAAGGCGUUGCGGGACGAUUGGUCCGGCGGGAAAUGGGGGAGGCUGUUGGAUGCGCUCCAGGAGUGGACGGACGUGGAUGGGCGGGAGGGCGUCGUGCCGGCCAGGCGGUGA